AUGAUAUCUGAAAGUACUAACGAUGAAUAUUCUGAAAAACCAAAUAAUCCUAAGAAUUGGUCAAAGAAAAGGAAAUAUGCUAUACUUGUUGAACUUUCAUGUAUGAGUACAUUGACACUUUUGUCACAUUCUAUGAUAUAUCCUGUGAUGUAUAAAAUACAAGAUAGUUUACGAACAACAGAAUUUCUGGUAAACUUUAUGAUAGGAAUAUAUACUUUAUUUCUUGCAUUUGGAUCAUUAGUUUGGGCAACUGUUUCAGAACAUUAUGGAACUAGGAAUAAAGUAUACAUUUUUGCUCUAGGUUCAAUAUUCGUGUCAAGUGUAUUAUCUGCUCUUGCUUAUGAUAUUGUGAAAGAUAUGUUUGGCAAAAAUGAAGAUGGUCCUGGGUUAGAUAUUGUUUACAUUAGACCUUUAAUUGGAUUUUUGGUGGGGUCAGUAACAGAUGGAUUUAUUGCCCAAAAUAUUAAAUGGCAUUGGAUAUUUUGGAUAUCUGCAAUCAUAAGUAGUAUGUUAUUCUUUUUAUCAAUAGCAUUACCUGAGAUAUAUGUUCAAAAAACUGAUAAAAUAACGAAUGAAAAAAAGAGUUCUGAUUAUCUGGGUCCAUUAAGUUUAUUUAGUUAUUUAAAAAAGCAAACUGGUUGCUUGGAUAGUUUACCAAGGCCAGACUGCUCCAGAAUACUUACCACUCGCUAUGAAAGAAGAAUAGCCAGAGAAUUUAGAUCGGGUACAUGCCUAACUGCUGUCCAAGCCCAAAAAAAAUUAACAUCUAAUGAAGGUGUUUAUGUUUUCACGAAUACAAUCUGCUGUGUACUAUGGAGACAAGGUCUUGAAUCUCAGCGUUUGACAAAUGUUGACUUUAUUUUCCAACAUGAUAAUGAUCUGAAACAUAUAUCAGAUAUAGUUACAGAUUGGUUGGAUGAAAAAGGAAUCGAAGUUUUGACUUGGUCGCCAUACUCCCCUGAUCUAAAUCCUAUAGAGCAUUUGUGA